AUGUCUUCUUCAAGAGCGCAACCUGGAGUUUGGAAUGCAGCCAAUGGCCCAAGGGUACUUACCGAAGCUCAACGGCAGAGGAAAAGAGAGCGCGAUCGAAAUAGCAAGAGAGAAGAAAAGCUCAAACAGCAACAACGGAUGCAAGAACUUGAAGAGGCAAAAAACUCCGCGUCGAAACGAGUUCAAGAACUUGAAGCUCAACUUGAGAAUUGCUGUUGCAAAAGGGGAGGUGCUACCAGACUUGAUAUGAGGAGAUGCCAGAGUUCCGUCCAUAUUCCUACUGUGCAUAACGCCUUACCGCCAUCCAAUUAUUCAGAUCCUACUACUUACCACCCAAGUAAUCUCUCCCCUGACUAUGCGUAUCUGAGCAAUGCUAACUUUGAAAAAUCAGGCCCGGGGGCCAUCCCUUGGGGAGAUAAGGAGGCCAACUUAUAUCAAGAGAGUCUGACGUCUCCUGGAUGUGCCACCGAGGGUAGCGCGGCCAGCUACUGUGGCUCAUAUUCCAAUUACCAGGCCGACCCUCAUCCAGACUCACGGCAGACCUCGUUCGAAGACCCAGAACCUCGAGUUGCACCUUAUAAUAUAAACUAUUCAGGAGUCUCCAGUCCUGACCAACCAUGUUUUUCUCCAGCUUCUAAUAAUGUGGGUUGCUAUCUCGGGUUUAGCAUCCCCAUAAACAGAGUUAGCUGA